UUGCAUUUGCCAAUUGCGUUCGCAGUACACAACAUGAUCUUGGCCAGCAUUUUUGUGUGUUUCUGCCUGGCGUCGGCCUUUAAUUAUUUUCGCCAGCGUCGCCAGCGCGGUUUUGUGGUGAAUCUGAAGGGACCCUUCACCUGGCCCCUAAUGGGCGCCAUGCACAAAAUUGUGCUGCUGACACCAAACAAUUUCUUUCAGCGCAGCGCCGACUACCUGGCCAAGUAUGGAGCUUUCAGUCGCUGCUGGGUUUUUCACAGACUUUUCAUACCAGUUGCCGACUGGGAGCUGGCGCAACAGCUGCUGCACAGUGAGUCGCACCUGGAAACGGGCCAUGAGCUGAUGAGCGACUGGCUGGGCGAAGGUGUGCUCAUGUGCCAGCCGGAGCACUGGCCACAGCGACAUCAGCAACUUGCCGCUCUCUCCAGCCCAGACAACCUGUUGCAGCUUACGAAACUGUUUCAGCAGCAGGCAGUGCAACUCUGUCAACAGCUGGAGGCAUAUGCCGCGACUCGCCAGCUCUUUGAUGUGUGGCAGCCCGUGUCUGGCAACGUGUUGGACCUGAUGCUGGCCACCAGCUGCGGCAUGCAACCAAGCGAGCAAUACAAGCAGGCAUUUACUGACCUCAUAGAAAUCUAUCGCAAACGUUUCUUGAGCAUAAAAUCAGCCAACCGCUUUACCUUUUGGCUGGCAUCUCCGCUGAUGCGACGACGCCAGCAACGCCUCAUCCGAAUUCUAAACGAUGAGAAUAAACAAAUGUUGGGAAAGUGGAGACAACAGCAGCUGAUCGAGAGUCAGUUGAAGAGCGAGGGCAUAACAAUUGAUCGGAUUGAGCCAGCAUCAAAACUGCAGCACCAAACGCUGCUCGAGGUGCUGCUGUCAGGCGGCAAACUGAGCGACACGGAACUGUGCGCCGAGCUGAACACCUGCAACUACCUGGGCUAUCUGCUGUGCAGCUCGACGCUGUGCUUUACCUUGGUGCUGAUUGCGCGUCAUCCGGCCGUGCAGCAACGUUGUCUGGAGGAGCUGCGCAAUGCACGCAGCUCAGAGGAUUGGCAACUGCAGAGAUUGCCCUAUCUGGAUGCGGUGCUUAGGGAGAGCUUGCGCCUGCAACCGCCACAGCUGAUUGUGGGGCGACAGCUAAGCCAGGAUUUCAACUACACUCACUCCUUGGUGGGAAAUGGCGCUCUGCCCGCCGGCGCAGAAGUUUACAUAAAUCUCUACGAGCUGCAGCGUUCUGAGCCGCAAUAUGGCAAUCAGGCGCAUCUUUUCCAGCCGGAGCGUUUCCUGGCCCAGCCACCGCAACUGCUCAGCUUUGGCCUGGGUCCGCGCAGCUGUCCGGCUCGGGAGCUGAGCCUAAGCCUGCUGAAGGCGCUGCUGGCGCCGCUGCUGCUGCAGUUCGAGCUGCUGCCCUAUGGCGAUGCAAUGCGUCCGAAUCUGCGACUGGCGCUCGGCUCACGCAACGGUUUUCAACUGGCCCUGCAGCCGCGUGAGGCAAUAGAAACUAAGACGAUUGAUUAGUAUACGAGGACAAUUUAUAUUCGAACAGUGGACUCCAAUUGUGUGUAUCGAAAUAGUUUUAUUGCCUGCAGUCCUCCUUAGACACAAGAGAUACUUGGAGCUGGUGCCCUCGCUAUAGAUGUAGAAAGGCAU